CAUUUUCUCCUCACACUUUGGAGCUUUCGGAUGUACUGAAAGGCCAAUUGUAGCGGAGUAGAUUUUUUUCGAUUGGAAGACAGAGAGGGCCACAUGAUGCUUGGAAAGUCUGUCCUUGUUCUGGGAUUACUGGUGGGAGUGUGCACAGCACAGUUUAGGUUCAGAGGUGCACCGAAACCGCCACCACCUGGGGCACCACCUGCCAGAGGACCGCCACCACCCGGGGCACCAGCCGCAAGAGGACCACCACCACCAGCUGCACCACCUGCAGGUGGACCGCACCACCACCUGCUGCACCACCUGCAGGAGGACCACCACCACCAGCUGCGCCACCUGCCGGGGGACCACCUCCACCAGCUGCACCACCUGCUGGAGGACCACCACCACCCGCUGCGCCACCUGCUGCAGGACCACCACCACCAGCUGCGCCACCUGCCGGAGGACCACCACCACCAGCUGCGCCUACCUGCAAGAGGACCACCACCACCCGCUGCACCACCUGCCGGAGGACCACCACCACCAGCUGCGCCACCUGCCGGAGGACCACCUCCACCAGCUGCACCACCUGCCAGAGGACCACCACCAGCUCCAGUACCGGCUGCCUUGGCACCAUAUACUAUCCCUGCUGCCCCUGCUCCAGUUGCUCCAGUUGCUCCUGCUGCUCCUGCCCCUGCUGCUCCAGCUCCAGCUCCAGCAGCCCCAGCAUUUGUUGACCCUUUUGCACAAUAUUGGUAUAACCCUGCUCCCUUCUACCAACCAUUCUAUCAGCCUCCUCCUCCUCCUCCUGCAGAUCCAGCACCAAUGGGAUAUUACUCAUCAUGUUCAUGUGAUUAUGUCGAUGACUGCCCCAAGGGAACUGUUGAUCAGGGACAAUGUGCUGACGGUUCAAAUUACUGCUGCGAGCUCGAGAGUUAAGGUACUUACCUAGCUGUCAGUGAAAACUGGCUGAAGCAAAGUAAGACAUUUCAAUUGUUACAUCUAAUUGUAUGGUAUGCCUGUAUAUAUAUGCGAAAUACAUAAUAUUCCAAUUUGGCGUUUCAUUUUCUGAUAAGACGAUACACAGCCCAUACACUUCAAUUAAAUUCAAACAAAAUUAUAUAUCUAUUAUUUCGUUAUUUUUCAGGUGUUGUAACCUGGCGCAUAGCAACAUUUCGCACUGUUGAAACAUAGUAUUCGGUCACCACAUGCCAAACACAAUUGACAUUAUUGAAUGUAAGCAUUCUACACGUUUAAAUGUCCGCAUCAGUUGUGUAUCUGUCGAGGGAAGUUUUGUUAAGUAAAACAUUUUAAACAA